CCCCUCUUUCUGUGGCUAUGCCAUGGACUACACCUUUCCGUAUCUCUUGACCGGAAGGCUCAUUCCAUUAGCCCUCCGAUCAAUAGACACUAGGGCGGCCACACGUCUGUCAGGCUUGGAUCCGAGAAGACUUGUCCAAGAGACGAUGCCGAAUCGGCGGACAAGUGCGUUCGCCAUCUCCUUUCCCGCCGGGCAUUGCGAUAUCCAAAAAUCCACAUCGUGGACUUUGUCUAAAGCCGUUCUUGUAGUAUUGAAAGAAUACCAAUUUAAC